CAUAAAAAGUGAGCCAGAGGGACAUUCUCCCGGUUCCUCAGAGUCCGAGUUAACAAGCUGCCGAAGCUCCGCUCCGUCCACUCUGAGGACACAAUGAAAGAUUAUUCCACAGAGCAGAGCAGGAAUCGACGGACAUCUUUUGAAACAGAUGAUGGUGUCCGAUGGAGAACUGGAUCUGAAUUUGCCAGCCCAGAUCACACCGAUGUUCCUAGCAGCAGGGUGUCCCACCCCUCCCUGUUUGGGAAAUACCAGCCCAGCCUGCAGACUCUCAAGCCCUUCCGCUGGUCUUCCCCACAAUCCCACCCUGUGGACAAUGCAGGCUUCUUGUCAUUUACCACCUUUGCCUGGAUGACUCCCAUGAUGUGGGCCAUAUUCAGGAACAGGCUGGACUUGUCCUCUCUUAGCCUCUCCCCAUUUGACGUAGCUGACACCAGCGGAGAGAGGUUGCAGAGAUUCUGGGAGGAGGAGAUGGUGAAGAAAGGCCUGGAGAAGGCGUCCCUGGUCAAAGCUGUUCUCCGCUUUCAGAGAACGAGGCUCAUUCUGUCCAUCAUCAUCGGCACCUUCGCCAUGGGAGCAGCUUUUGUUGGUCCA